GCUCAGUCCGAGUUGGAUAUUUAGUACCACAGGACAGAAAAGAAAGAAAAAAAUGUCCUCGACUCUAUGAAGGAGCAACUUGAAAAAGCAUCGCAAAAUUACACGGAACUUCAUCGUAAUCUUCAAGAAUUUGAAUCCAACAAUCCCAAGUGGGCAAAGUCCCUUUCGGAAAAACAGACUGAAUUGCAAAAGGUCACUAACGAGGAUAAAACGAAAAGCGAAGUACUCAGGAAUAUACGCAUCCGACUGGAGCAAAGCCGAUCGACUUUUUCUGCCAACACUAGCCGAGGACGCAUCCUUGACGGUUUAAUGGAGCAGAAACGAAAAGGAACGUUACCCGGCAUAUAUGGACGCCUGGGUGAUCUCGGCGCUAUUGAUGAGAAGUUUGACGGCGUGUGGCCCUUUAGAUAACAUCGUCGUCGAUACCGUUGAUACCGCCCAAAACUUGCAUUGCGUACCUGAAAAACGGCA